CAGUUUGCUUCGAUCUACAAACCUGUUGAAAAUCUAUCUGUCAAUUGGACGUGUCCUGUACCGCAACUGUCCCAAACACCCUCACAACAAAAAAUAAAUAUGACCGAUUCCCAGGAAGGGUUCCUCAUUGCCCCGGAAGUGGACGAAAACCUUAGCCCGGAGGAACGGCUCAAGGUCGAUCGCACCUUCGAAAAGGAGAUAACCCGUUUGCAGCGCCAGUACCUGAACAUCGCCAAUUCCACUGCCGCUUCCAAAGAUGUGGCGAUUAUGCGAUGUCUGGAGAAGAAGCUCAAGUACCUGCAGCGGGAAAAGAAGGAACUCAAGACCAAGCUGAAGGUGGCGUACGCUCCGUGUCACGUCCGCCGGUACGAUCGACAGGUCCAGCUGGUGGAAGCCCAUGUGCGGGUUCAGGACGAUCUGGAUUCGAAAAUGAACGGGAUUCGAACGGAGAUUCGCCAUCUGGAGUCGCAAAUGAAGCGGCUGGAUAAGGAGAGGAAGGAGCUUCAGAAGGUGUCGCAGUCGGAUUACUACUUCUACAAUCGAGUCUCGAAAGCCAAGAAGCGGCUGGCAACGUUAGAGGACCGAUUGUAUCAUAUGAAGAAGCGAGAAGCGACGAACAUCUCUAAGAAUCACAAGUUGAAGAGCGUCAUCAAAGACAUGUUGGUUGAUAGGAAGCUCUUCCACCAGCACUGGAGAAGAAUGAUUGACCAGUUGGGGUACGACAAGAAGUUCCUGAUUGACAUGAUUGAACGGACGAUUUUGGCUUUCAACCAGGGGGAGGAGCUGUGCCACAAAAUUGACGCCGUGAAAAGUCAUGCCGCAAGAGAGGAGAAGUCUCAACGGCAGGAAAUGAUGGAGUUACAGCGACGGAUCAACAACGAUCAAAAGAACCAUGAAUUCUUGCGAGUAAAGGGUUUCCAUCGAGAUAUGUGCGAUUUGGACCCGCGAGAGGUUCGUCGGAGAAAUAUGAUGAAAGAGGACUAUGGAAAAAAGCUCGAACUUUUUCAAAAAAUCAUCGAGAAGACGAAACUUUUCUGCGGAGUUGACGACAUCUCGCAAAUGAUUGAAAAAUACCAGAAGCAGGAAGAUACGUUCUUCGCACAUUUCAACUAUCUGAAUGAGCUGAACCACCAGUACGAACAGCUGAACUGUAUUCUAAUGGAUCUGUAUACAAAUGUAGACGACUUGAAGGAGCAAAAGCUGAGAAAGGAAGUUAGCCAGGAUAAAGCAUUUAAGGAACUGCAUGAGAAGCUAUUGAAGGAAUCAGAGAAGUCACAAAAGCUUCAGUCCACGGUGAAGUCAAACGAUUCGGAAAUCUUGACGCAAUUUGAAGAAAUUGACGAAAUUUUGUUGGCAGUAGGGUACGAUCGAGCGGAUGUCAAAAACCUUCUUGGAGAACACCGGAAAGUGACCAAGCAGAACGUGAAACGUUUCCUUGCCGCCUUGGAAGUCAAACUGAACGAGCUUCUAGCGGUGGUCUACACACAUCUGCAACCCGAAGAUGAACCAGCUUUGAGAAGACCAGUUGCUCGCCCAUCACAGGAAAUUAUUCGUAUGGAAGAGGUUGUAACGACCCAGCAAUGUGCGGAAUGCGCCGAAGGACAGGACGUCAACAAGUACGAUGAGGCCAUUGUGUUACCCAAGGAGAAGUCCGAAAUCAGAGAGGGAAUGAAGGCGAAGGUUAAAGCCCCGGAUAUGCAGUACAGGCUGCAUAAUUUGAGCAAGUGCAAGCUUCCUCGUUCUAGAAUUCUGGUCAACAAGAGAUAUCAAUAAAUUAAUUCAGUUUAAAAUUAAUGUUUUGAUGG